AUGACUGAAAAUGUACCUGAACUUGGUAGGAUCAAGUUCAAAGUACGUAAGCAUUUACGAGGUCAUUUAGCCAAAGUAACAUCUCUUCAGUGGGGUUCUGACAACCAGUUACUGCUCUCUGCUUCUCAGGACGGGAAACUCAUCGUCUGGGAUACAUUUUCUGCGAAGAAAAUCCAUAUGAUAGCCUUAAAAACGGCAUGGGUUAUCGGAUGUGCAUUCGCUCCGUCUAUGAACUUUGUAGCUAGUGGUGGAUUGGACAAUGCCAUAUCUUAUUUUAGUCUAAAGUCACAAGAUGGUACUGCAGAAUUUAUUCGCGAGUUAACUGGUCAUAAUGGUUAUAUCGCAUGUGUUCGUUUUGUCGAUGACCAUCGGUUACUGAGUUGUUCUGGUGAUAAAACUUGUGCUUUAUGGGACAUCGAAAAGGCAAAAAUUACUACCAGCUUUCGUGGACACGCUAAUGAUGUUAACGCCAUAGCCAUUUCAAAGCAAAUGCCCAAUGUAUUUGUGUCUGCAUCUUCAGAUCACACGUGCCGGUUAUGGGAUCUUCGAUGCUCCGAUGGUAUUCAGUACUUCGAAGGCCACCAGCAGGAUGUUAAUGGAGUUGAUUUUUUCCCUGUCAAUUCAUAUGGUUUUGUUUCUUCUUCAGAUGAUGGUUCAUGCCAUUUGUGGGAUUUACGAGCCGAUCAAGCUAUAGGUGUUUAUAUUGAUGACUUCAUAAACUGUGGUAGCAGUAGUGUGGCGAUCUCAAAAUCAGGACGUUUGCUGCUUGCUGGUUAUGAUGAUUUCAACUGUCAUGUGUGGGAUCUUUUGCGAGAAGAGCGUGUUGGAAUCAUGUCUGCACAUGAAAAUCGAGUCUCUUGUGUGAUAUUGUCUGAUAGUGGGAUAGGCGUUGCAACUGGAUCUUGGGAUUCUAACUGUCUCAUAUGGACUGCAAAAUAG